AUGCACAUCCAAUCUCUUGCUCUCCUUGUCGGCGCGACCGCCGCCCUCGCCGCCGAGACAGUCACCCUUUUCCUCCCUGGAUUCGACGAACAGCAGAUCGACGGCAAGGUCAUUGGCUCUAGCGGCUCAAUGACUACUUACCUCAUCAACUGUGCCCCCGGCGUCGAGUCCGACGACUGCGGUCUCCCACCGGCCGGCAUGACCGUCGCCCAAGGCCCUUCAAGCGUAAUCCUAUCCUACGGAAUGGACCAAGUCACCAUCUCUGAGAACUGCAAGUACGACUCCUCAAGCGCCACCUGCUCCGCUAGCAUGAACGAGAGCGGAAUCAAGACUACUUGGUCAAGCGCUAUCCCUAUCUCCUCGAUCCCCGGCGGCGCUUUGAUGGCUGUCACUGUCACCGCUACUGAAACCGGUGCUUCUGCCACUACUGGUGCCUCGGCUUCGGCUUCUACUGCCGCUUCUACUGGCUCCCUGACCACCUCCGCUUCUACUUCUGGAAAUACCGCUGCCAGCACCGCUACCGGUACUAACACUGCUGAGUCUUCUGGAAGCGCUGCGGCUACUAGCCACACUGGAACUGGUAAUGCUGCUAUGCCUAUGAUUACUGGAAACGCGCGCUGGGCUGCUGGCGGUGUUGCCGCUGCCCUGGCCCUCGCUGUCAUCUGA